CGAUCAUUAACGGCAAAGCUGAAACAGAAAACGAGCAAGACAUCGAACCUCAACUAUGUUCCUUACUUGAUCGAUAUUCUCAACCACUCUUUCACGAACUCUUCACUCUCUCACGUUCACUUCCCUUCAGACAUUUCCCAAACGAACUCCCUCAUCGCCUCUUACGUUCGCCGAGGCGACCCUGUCUCCGCAUUGACCCUCUUUCAUUCUCUCCGUCGUCGCGCGCAUUCCGAUGUCGUCGCCGACGCCUACACCUUCACCUCCAUCUUGCGCGCUUCUUCUCUCUUGCGUGUCUCCGGACAAUUCGGGACGCAAGUCCACGCCCAGAUGCUCAAAACGGGCGCUGAUUCCGGAACCGUGGCGAAAACCGCGCUGCUUGACAUGUACUCGAAAUGUGGGUCUUUGGAUGAAGCAACAAAGGUGUUUGAUGAAAUGCGUCACAGAGAUGUUGUUGCUUGGAAUGCUCUGCUUUCGUGUUUUUUGAGGUGUGAUCUUCCCGUUGAGGCUGUUGGGGUUCUAAGAGAGAUGGGGAGGGAGAAUGUGGAGCUUAGUGAGUUCACUUUGUGUUCUGCGUUGAAGUCUUGCGCUUUGUUGAAGGCGUUGGAGCUUGGGAGGCAGGUUCAUGGUUUGGUGGUGUGUAUGGGGCGUGACUUGGUUGUUUUGAGCACUGCUCUUGUUGAUUUUUACACCAGUGUUGGGUGUGUUGAUGAUGCUUUGAAAGUGUUUUACAGUUUGAAGGGUUGUUGGAAGGAUGAUAUGAUGUAUAACUCGAUGGUUUCUGGGUGUGUUAGGAGUAGGAGGUAUGAUGAGGCUUUUAGAGUUAUGGGUUUUGUGAGGCCCAAUGCUGUUGCACUCACUAGUGCUCUGGUGGGUUGCUCUGAGAAUUUGGAUUUGUGGGCAGGCAAGCAGAUUCAUUGUGUUGCGUUUCGUUGGGCUUUUACUUUCGACACUCAGCUGUGCAAUGCCUUGUUGGAUAUGUAUGCGAAAUGCGGGAGGAUUUCGCAGGCUCUGUCAGUGUUUCAUGGAAUUUGUGAGAAGGAUGUGAUUUCUUGGACUUGUAUGAUUGAUGCGUAUGGAAGAAAUGGGCAAGGACGUGAAGCUGUUGAGGUGUUUCGGGAAAUGAGGGAGGUUGGAAGUAAGGUGUUGCCAAAUUCUGUGACUUUUUUGUCUGUUUUAUCUGCCUCUGGUCACUCUGGACUGGUGGAGGAAGGGAAAAAUUGUUUCAAAUUGUUGAGGGAGAAGUAUGGUCUUCAACCGGAUCCGGAGCACUAUGCUUGUUACAUAGAUAUCUUAGGUCGAGCGGGUAAUAUAGAAGAGGUAUGGUAUGCAUAUCACAAUAUGGUUGUGCAAGGUACUAGGCCUACUGCAGGAGUAUGGGUAGCAUUGUUGAAUGCUUGCAGUCUUAAUCAGGAUGUUGAAAGAAGUGAAUUGGCUGCAAAGCAUCUCUUGCAGUUGGAACCCAAUAAAGCUAGCAAUAUUGUGCUUGUAUCAAAUUUUUAUGCAGCCAUUGACAGGUGGGAUUGUGUGGAAGAGCUGAGAAGCAUCAUGAGGACCAAAGGGUUGGCCAAGGAAGCUGGGAAUAGCUGGAUCAAUGUUCCAGGCUUCAAUCGACAUGCCAUAUCACUAUCUGCUUGAUUGUUCAGCUAAACAACUAGGAGGUGAGAGCUUUAAUGGCUAAAGUUGUGUGAUGCAGGAAAACCAAAAAUCAUUGUGCAAACUAGAAGUGAAGUUGAUGUUUUGGAUUAUGGGUAGGUGGCACAAGUAUGGGCAGAACAUGUUAAAGGGUAAUCCUCAUCAAAGGUUCUUCGUCUCUCUGCUGCUACUCAGGAUUUACCAAAGUCUGUAAUUUGCAAUGUUCAUGGUGUGAAUCCCGAAUUCUUGAAAAUUGGAGAAAAGAUUGCUGCAGAGAGGGAGCUGGGGCAGAAAGCCUUUACAAAAGGGGCAUAUUUCCUGGGAAAGAUGGUGUGGGGAAAGGGAUAUAAGGAGUUGAUAGAUUUAUUAGCAAAGCAUAAGGCUGACCUUGAUGGUUUCAAGUUGGAUGUAUUUGGAAAUGGAGAGGAUGCUAAUGAAGUUCAGAGUGCAGCCAGAAGGUUGGAUUUGAAUCUCAACUUUCAGAAAGGAAGAGAUCAUGCAGACGAUUCUCUUCAUGGGUACAAAGUCUUUAUAAAUCCUAGCAUUAGUGAUGUGCUAUGCACAGCUACAGCUGAGGCACUUGCCAUGGGCAAAUUUUAGUUUGUGCUGAUCAUCCAUCAAAUGAGUUCUUCAGGUCAUUUCCCAACUGUUUGACUUACAGGACAUCCAAAGACUUUGUAGCAAAAGUAAAAGAAGCAUUGGAAAAUGAGCCUUAUCCUCUAACACCUGAGCAAAGAUAUCAACUUUCUUGGGAGGCUGCUACUCAAAGAUUUAUGGAAUAUUCCGAGCUUGAUAGGAUCCUGAACAUGGAAAAUAAUGGUGAAAAGGAAAGUGUAGAUAAGGGAAAGCUCAUUGCUAAGUCAGCAUCAAUGCCUAAUCUGACAGAACUAGUAGAUGGAGGCUUAGCAUUUGCUCACUAUUGUCUUAUUGGGAAUUAAUUUCUGAGAUUAUGUACAGAAGCAAUACUUGGGACACGUGACUACGAUAAGCAGCACUGUAAAGACCUUCAUCUCUUGCCUCCACUGGUAGAAAAUCCUAUCUAUGGCUGGUGAAUGGGUUGACUAGUUUGGAUGUUUGAAGGAUAACUUGUCACACCAGAUUAUGACAAGCAGUACAGUAAAAGCCAUCAUUUAAAUGCAUGUAGGUAGAAAAAUUUACGGAUGGCUGGUGAAUAGAUUUAGUGGUUGAAUUUGUAGUUUGUUUUACAGUUGCUUGUGUUAGGUGCCUGCUAAGUUUUCAAUCCUUAAAUUUUGUAGUUCUUUUUGUUUUUGUAAGUGAGGUAGUUCAAUAUUACCAAAACACGUGUAGAAAGUUAAUGUAAAGUAACAGGACGUUCUCCCAAGUAACCUUGUGAGAAUAAGCUGUAA